AUGGAUAUUAUUAAUAAUGAAGUAAAUAAUAAAAAUAUUAUAAAUAAUAAUAAUAAUAAUAAUAAUAAUAUAAAUAAAAAAAACAAUAGUAUUAAUAGCAAUAAUAGUAUUGAUAUGAUUGAUGAUAUAAUAAAAAAUAAAAGUGAAAAUUUAAAUAAUAGUAAAAAUAAUAUGACCAUCUCAAUAAAAAACGGUUCAAUAAAUAGCAGUAAAUCAUACCAACUAUAUUCAAGUUUAGAUUCUGCAUUAAAUUCACAAGAAAAUAAUGAUAUUGACCAAGAUUUAUUAGAUGGAAUUGAUGAUAUAUCAUCAUUUGAUGAAAACGAUCCAGAUUCUAUAUUUAAUGAUUUACAUAUGGGUUAUGAAAACAAUUUAGAUGAAAAAAUAAUCAUAGAACUAGAUCAACAAUUUAGAGAAAAAUUACAAAAUGCAAAUGGAGGAUCCCUAUCAACAAAGAACGAUUUAAGACAAAAGAAUGCAAUUAGUAAAAAGUACGGUCAUGGUUAUGAAGAUGAAAUGGAUGAAGAUGAUGAAGACUACGAUGAAUACAACGAACAAGAUAUCAAUGGAUGUGAAGAUGACUUAUCAACCGACUCAACGAGUUCAUUUAUGGAUUCAGAUAGUGAACAUGAAAACAUCGAAAACGAAUUGGCAUCCAGCGGCUCAAAUAACUCGAAUGAAGAAGAAGACAAUGGUCAAUUUUUGAAUAUAGAAGCCGAGCUAAAAGAGAAUAGGGAAACUUUAAAGAAUGCUAAAAAAACAAUUGCCUCUUUGAUCGAACAAAUUUCAGAUUACCAAACACUAAUAGAGGAGGAGAAAGAAAGGGAAAAAGAUGAAUUGGUUCAACACUAUAACCAGCAGUUAGAAGAGAUGGCAUCUAUAAUUAAUGGGCUAAAGAGGGAAAAGGCUUCAAUUACCAACAACAAUAUAAAAAAUUUAGAAACUUUGAUGAAGGAGAUUGAAAUCAUUGAAGAGAGUAACGAUAGUUUGAAACAAUCUUUGGAAAAAGAAAAAUUAGAGAAUAUUAAAGCCAUGGAAACUAUAUACCAACUCAAAGAAGAAAUGCUUAAAAAGCAAUUUAAUAAUGAAGUAGCCAACAGUAAUCACAUGGCUCUCUUCUCAGAGAAAAUAUUUUCUCAAGUAGUACUUGAGUUUCAAGUCGAGAAUGGUAGUAUAGCAAAUGUUAAAAUGGUACAGAAACAACCAAAUGGGGCAGCUACAGAUCAAAUAACUAUAAACCAAUCUUUUAUUGAAAUUGAAAAUGAAAAAAAUGAACUGAUGAAAAAGUUAAUCACUGAAAAGGAAGAAAAGGAUAAUUUAGAAAAAACCUUACAAGAAGAGAAAAAGAAAAAUGAAACCAGCAAGUCAUCAAUUGAAGAACUUGUAAAAAAUAUUAAAAAACUUAUUAAAGACCAUACAAAUGUACUAAAAGAAUUAGAAGAGGAAAAAUCAAAUAGUCAAUCAAAAACUGAUCAAAUUAACCAAUUAAAACUAAAAGGUUUCAAUACAUCAAUUGCAUCUAAUAAUAGUUCAAAGCCCAAACUUCUUCAUAGAACCAGCACAUCAAUAGAGAUUACACAUAAUAGAUCAGGUACAUUUGGUAGUAAUAAAAAACACAAUGAUGACAACAAUAAUGUAGAAGAUAACUCUUCAGUAGGCAAUAAUAGCAGUUUAGAUUUACGAUCACUAAUAUCACCAACAAGAAAAGCAUCAUUAGCACUUCCACCAAAACCAAUAAAGAUUUCAAGUCCAAAUAGUUUAGGUAACAAUGGUCUCCAUGUAUCUUUUGAAAACAAAUCACAACCAGUAUCACCAAUUCAUUCACCAUCAUCUCUUCAAACAAUCACAAAUAAUAAAGAGCAAUCCAAUGGAAAUCAAGAAGAGAGACCUAAACUUACAAAAAGAGAAAGUAGCACUAAACUAUUAAAGAGGAGCUCAGCUUUAUUAGAUUUGAAAAUAGAAAAACUAGCACCAUACAAUGAAUACAUGAUUUCAUGGAUUAAUCAUGACCCAGCACCAGCACCAAUCCAAUGUCUUGUUGAAGUUGGAAAGAAUGUUUGGGUAGGAUGUAGUGAUGGUUCCAUUAGAAUUAUUGACAAAGUGUCACAUGCCACAUUAUCAACUAAAAGUGCACAUUCGCCUAAUGGAAUUUAUAUAAUGAUUUGCGUAGGUAAAACUGUAUGGAGCUGUAGUAGGGAUUCAAAAAUUAAAGUUUGGAGUGCAAAAUCUGGAAAGCUACUUAAAGAACUCUCUGGUCACUAUAGCCAUGUUACUGCCUUGUUACUGGUUAAUCAAACUGUUUGGAGUAUAAGUGCCGACAUGACAAUACGUAUAUGGAGCACCUCAUCUUAUAAAUGUAUAAAGAAAAUAGAAACAAAGAACUAUCUUGUAUCAAUGGUACUACUCGGUAAUGAAGUCUGGAUCGGUACAGAAAGCACAAUUUUAAGAUGGAAUAUAGAAACAUAUGAACAGAUUGGUAUGCUUCAAGGCCACAAGAAGAUGGUACAUUGCCUAAUUGUAGUCGAUAAUAAGGUAUGGAGUUGUUCAAGUGAUUGCCUGAUAUGUGUAUGGGACCCAGAAACAAGCAUGUGCAUUAAACAAUUCAAAGAUCAUUCAAGUAGAGUUUUUUAUCUACUUUGUGUAAACAAUUAUGUUUGGUCCUGUGCAUGGGAUAAAACAAUAAAGAUUCACAACUCCAAAACCAUGGAACUUGUUAGAGAAAUUGAACCUAUUCAUAGAGAUGCCCUUAGCUGUUUAAUUUCAAUUAUUCCAAAUGACUCUGCACCAACUGAAAUCUGGAGUGGCUCAUGGGACCAAACCAUAGUUGUAUGGAAAUCAUCACCAACUGUAUCCCCUGUACCAUUAUCACCAAUUCAAACCGAUAUUAUUAAUACUGCAAAUGCUCUUAUUGACAGUCUUCCCCCACCACCAUCAAAUACAGCUAAAACCUCACCUACAGGUAUUCAAAACGGUAAACAUAAGAAAUCCCAUAGUGCCACAAGUGCAAACUCUACACCAAAGCAACCAAUGAUUAAUAACCAUACCAACCCAUCAGCACCAAAGAAUGGAAAUGAUAACUCGGAAAAAAGUACAAAAAGAGGUUCUGUACGAUUAACCAAUUUAUUUUUUGGUGGUGGACACUCAUCAUCAAACCAUCAACACAACAACAAUCAUAAUAGUAAAGACGGUAUAGUUGGAAGUCAAAGCACACCAAACUUUAAAUCCAUACCUCCAGGUAGCGAUAACCAUAGCAACUGUAGUAGUGUAUAUAAUAAUAGUCUAAAUAACAGUGGAAGCACCAGUGCAAACCUAUCAACUAGUAAUAGUAUAGAUGAUGAAUUAGCAAAAUAUUUAAGUAAACACCAACAUCAACUAGAAAAAGUAAUCUCUAAUCAAAUGAAUCCAGUUUGUUCAAUCUGUCAAACUAAAAUCAAACCAAAGAAACCAAUUUAUCAAUGUAAACUAUGUGCUAAUCAAAUUCAUUGUGAUUGUUUACAAAAAAGUUAUAAUAAUCCAUGCUCUGCAACUUUAGAUAGAUAA